AUGUCACGUCGAAAUGAUCGAUUCAAUGCCGAAAGGGAGAUUGAAAAGUAUAGUUUAGAUGUUUCCACUUUUGAUGUUAUUGAUGUUGAUGGUUUCAAGAAUCAUAAAGGUUCAACUAUAUUUUGGUAUAUUUAUAUGUGGGUAUUAGUAUUUUUAUCAUUAGCUUUAUUAGCAACUGAUGUUUAUACAUGUCUUAAUAUUUUAGUAUUUCAUAAAUGGGGUACUGAAGAUUAUAAACCUUAUGCUUAUUCUGUUGCAAAAUGGAUCUUCACUGGUUGUAUCAUUUUCCAAGUUGUAUUAUUAAUAUAUCAUUUCCUUUGGUCAUUACAUAUUUAUAGAACUAAAAAUAUUGCUUUAGUUUAUUUAAAUUCAAUUGCUAAAAGAUUUUAUUCAAUUAGAUCUUUUAGUUAUUUUUGUUUAUUUAAUGGUAUUGAUGAAGGUGGUUUCUUUGAUUUUUGUUGUUUCCUAUGUUAUUAUGAAUUAGAUAAUGCUUUUCAAAUCUUAAUUGCCGAUGCUCCAAGACAAGUUAUUAAUAUCUUAACCUUAAGAUAUUAUGCCACUGGUGGUGAAUUAAAUAAUGCAAUCCUACAGAAUAUUGUCACAAUUGCAAAAACAAAUUUAUAUCUUGCAGUUAUUUUGGGAUUCAUGUGUCUUUCCGUGUUGAUUUUUGCAAUCUUCUUUAUUAAAUUCGUAUUUGGAAUGUUAUGUUAUAUCCCCGUGAAAUGUUCAUUAAGAAGUACUAAUUAUCCAACAUUGAAAUCAUAUUGUUCUUCGAUCAUUAAUAGAUCAGUAGCUAAAGCAGUUGGACAACAUCAUAAACCAAAGCAAGAAUUAUUGGAUCAAGGUAUUUUAUCAAAGGAAAGAAUUUCUCAAUUACCUCCAUUACCGGAAGAAGAAUAUACAAGAUUAAAGAAUACUGAAUUCAAAUAUAGACAAGAAUCAGUGGAAUCUAUCCCAAUGAAAAACUUUUAUUCAAAUAAUCAACGUCAACAACCGCAACUACCAAAAAGAUCAGAAACUUCUAUGUCCGGUUUCUCUCAAGGAACUGGUUAUACAAACAACACUUCAUAUCCACCAACUCGUGGCCAAUCCCUACCUGGACAACAUGAACCAGAUCAUGGAAGUGAAUAUGCCCUCAACAAUACCCAGCCACAAGAAGUAUAUUCCCCAUUAUCAGGAGGAGAACAAAAUCCACUAUAUCUUCGCAAUAAUAAUAUGCCAGAUCACUUCAACAACAAUAGAACAUUCCAAUCCAAUCCACCACUCCCGCCACGGGAUAAUUAUACCAAUAAUAAUAAUAAUAAUAAUACAUACUAUGCUCCUCCGCAAGACGAUUUCGUAAAGGAUCCAUUCGGCAGCGUACAUUCCUUCCAACCAACUCAAGAUUCAAUCCCAGUUGCUCCACUUGUCCCAAUAUCAAGAAAAGCACCACCACCACCAUCAGUGGAGGAUCCAUUCACACCUCCACUUCAACAACGCGGAUUCGAUACAGUUCCGACACUUGAAUCGAAUUUCUCUCCUACUAAUUCCACCCCACCUUCUGAAGCAGUCAUGAAUCUAAAUGAUACCGAUACCGAUGAUGAUGACGAGAGUGUGUUGUUCCCAAUCCAGCCCCAGACGAGUAGUCCAUAUAAUACCCUCCCAAGGUCCAGUAUGGAUGAGAAGGAGGAUGAUGAUGAGGAUGAGGAUAAUGAUGGGUUUGAGUUUACGUCAUAUCAUAAUUUAAUGACAACUGAAUCUCCGAAAGUCGGUAAUAUCACGGAAGCGGGUGGGGAGAAUGAUAGUUUGGCGGAUUUGUAUAUGUAUUCCGAACUCGAGAGUGAUGAUGAAAAGGAUGAUGGGGUGAGUGUGAAUACUGUGAAUGAGGAUGAUAAUAAGAGUGUGGGAAGUGGGAAUGAGAGUGAUGAGAAGAAGAAGAAGGAAGAGGAGGACGAAGAAGAGGAGGGUGAUAGUGAGGAAAGUAAAGAUGUGACACCAUAUCCUCUAAGACAUUUUGGAGAGGAUAAUAAUAAGGAUGAUGAUGAGAGUAAUAAUGCACCAUAUCCGGUCAGAGGAUUGUCGGUGUAUAGAUAG